AUGGAUGGGAAUUCGAGUUCAAGGCCACUACUGGGGAACCAGAACCAUGAUGGAAACUCUUUUAACUCCCUCAUGGCAACUUUCUUGUCCAAGCUUCCUGAUAAGGUCCGUUGUGGCCUAGACUCUGAGUCUCCCUUUGAGUUUGACCAUCAUUUCUCCAAUACCACCCAGUUAAGCCAAGGAGAGAAAGAAUAUUAUAAAAGACAAUUUGCUACUCUGAAGUCAUUCGAAGAAGUUGACUCCAUAGUAACAUCGGACUGCGCUGAUGUAGAAGACAGAGAAAAACAAGCUCAACAUGAACGAGCAAUGAAGAUUUCUAAUUAUGCAAAUGCAGCUUUAUUGGCAUUGAAGAUUUAUGUAACUAUUAGGAGUGGAUCAAUAGCUGUUGCAGCAUCAACAUUGGAUUCUCUGCUUGACUUCAUGGCUGGUGGCAUACUUUGGUUCACCCACCUAGCAAUGAAGGAUAUAAACAUUUAUAAAUACCCAAUAGGAAAGUUGAGGGUGCAGCCAGUGGGAAUAAUUAUCUUUGCAGCUGUCAUGGCGACACUUGGCUUUCAGGUAUUAAUCACAGCUGUACAACAACUAAUAGAAAACAAUCCACCUGAGAAGAUGUCUUAUGAUCAACUAGUAUGGUUGUACCCCAUUAUGAUAUUUGCAACAUUGGUGAAGUUUGCACUCUGGCUUUAUUGUAGAAGCUCAGGAAACAAAAUUGUCCGUGCCUAUGCAGAUGAUCACCACUUUGAUGUUGUAACAAAUGUGAUUGGAUUAGUUGCAGCUGUUCUUGGUGAUAAAUUUUACUGGUGGAUUGACCCAGUUGGUGCUAUUAUGCUUUCAAUUUACACUAUUACAAAUUGGUCUGGCACUGUGAUGGAAAAUGCAGUUUCACUAGUGGGACAAUCUGCACCUCCUGAAAUUCUGCAGAAGCUGACAUAUCUUGUUGUAAUGCACUCUCAAAUUAAGCGCAUUGACACAGUCCGCGCCUACACAUUUGGCGUUCUAUAUUUUGUGGAGGUUGACAUUGAACUGCCGGAUAAUUUACCCUUAAAAGAAGCUCAUGUCAUUGGAGAGAGCCCUCAGAUAAAGCUAGAGAAACUUCCAGAAGUUGAGAGGGCGUUUGUUCAUCUAGACUUUGAAUGUGAUCACAAACCAGAACACUCAGUUCUUAGCAAAUUGCCUGAUACUCAGCCUUAA